CAUUGACGGGCGCCCUGCCGGGGAUAAUUCUCGGCCGCCUGAAAGUUCUUCUCUCCGCCAAAGCGAUCGUGGAAAUUUGGGAGCCACGAGCGGUGCGUAUGCCGCUGCCCUGAUCCUGCGCGAUUUCUUUAAGCUCUCGCAAUCCAGGCGAGGAUUGGCGCAGGAGGAGCUCGCAAACAGGGAAUGCGAUUGGAGGAAGAAUGUAUCAAAAGCCCGAAGCCGAUGAGACUCUAGCUCCAUCCAAGGAGGCAUCUUUCAUGGACCGGAUGUAUAUGAAGAUCGAGGCCAUUUGCGUGGAGGCUGACAAGAACCCUUCGCUCCUUUUCCAGGAGGCUGGGAAGUACUUCGAGACCCAGGUAUCGACGGCUGGAGCAACCAUGAGAAAGGUGUGCUCGGAGCUCAUUCGUGACUUGCUUCCAGCCGAGGACGAGUGCAAGCACGUCGACAAGUGCCAGUGUAGAUGCGAGGCGAGCAAGAAAAAAGCCGCUGUCAAGCAAGAGGAUUCGCAAACACAGGCAGAAACAGGGGGAGUUUCGCAAGGAGGUGAUGCUCAGCUCCAUCAAACGCAUGGUCCCGAGAUUGAAGAGCCCGAGAUCGAAGAGCUCGCGGAGACCCAAGCCCAAACAACUUCUUCCGGAUCACAGGCCGAGGAGAGCGAUACCGUGGUGGAAGCCGGCGACCAAGUUGCUCAGUGGUACAUCACGGACGAGUACAAGAAAAGCUCUGGCAUCGUGGAAAACUGGGACAGCAGCGCUACCGCCGUGACAAAUCCCAAGGAAGAAUCAGACUCGGAGUGGGAGAUUUUAUAGACAACGCCAAAACCAGCAAAAAAGAAUGGAGGAGCGCUCUCGCUCUCUCGAUCGAUCCAUUCCAUCGCGGAAGAAAAAUAAGAGAGACCACAGUGGUACGUUUUAGUAGCGAGCGGAGAAAGGAAGAACACGGCCUUGUUCUUGCGCAAUCAAUUACUUACACAGGGAAAUAACGUGGUGGGGGAAUAUCCCAUGGAAUCGUCUUUA